AUGUCACCCCCGGGCAUGCGUCCACGAGCUUUCGGCCAGGUCGUCCAGUGUGAGGGUGGUGUGAUAGACGAGGGAGGCGGGCAUGCGAAAGAAAGAGAGAGAGAGAGACGAGACGAGACACGCGAAUACUCGCGGAUGGCAAGUGCCGGAGUUCGCUCUCACGCACAGGCCAGCGAGCGUUCUGGCUCUCACGCAUCUUUCGCCCCUCCGCCGCUGGUCUCUGUCUCCUCCACCGUCGCCUCCUCCUCCUUCACCCUUGACGCAUAUCUGCCCGCCCUCUCCGUAUCUCUGCGUCUCCGUUCACCCUCUCCACCCACCUCAACGCGUCUCUACCCGCCCUCUCCACCCUCUACUCCCUCCGCACCCGCCCUCUCCAACCUCAACGCGUCUCCGUAUGCCUUCUCCACCCUCAACUCCCUCCGCACACCCCCUCUCCACCCUCAAUGCGUCAAUGCCUGCCCUCUCCGCCUCUCCCCCUCUCCACCUCUCCGUGCGCCCUCUCCGCCUCUCCGCUCACCCUUUCUGCGUAUCCGCGCGCCCUCUCCUCGUCUCCGCGUAUACGCGUAUACGCAUAUUUGCGUAUUUGCAUAUCCGCGUAUUUGCGCAUACGCGUAUUUGUGUAUCCGCGUAUCCGUGCGCCCUCAAUCCCCUCCGCACUCCCCUCCUCCACCCCCCACGCGUCUCCACACUCCCUCUCCGCAUAUUCGCCCUCUCCGCGCACCCUCUCUGCUCCCCUUGACACGCUCCCACGCACCCCUCAAUGUGUUCAACGCCUUCCGCGCAUCCAUUGCGCCCUCCGGUUCCCGUCGUCGCCAUCAAGCUCCCGAUCAACACCCUCUGCAAGCCCCGGAGACCCAUAGAUUGAGCCCACAGUACUUCCGCCCCUCAAGACUCACUUUCACGCUCUACGCGCCUCCAUCCAUUUUAGGGGGUUCUGACACCCCUUUCGCGCCGGUUUUGACACUCUGUGUCGAGGGGUCUCUCGCGGACAUUGCGUUCUUCUACUCGUCGUCACCACCGUCCCCGUCCUUGACGGUUCCUUAUCUCUUUGUCAUGUCGACCACUCCCUCAAGCUCUUCCACUCCUCCACUCUACGAUGCCGAAACGUGGAAUACCUGGCUCAUCGCCACCACAAUUGUCGACCCGUCUUGGCCCGCGGAGUUGAAAGCUCAGCGUGAGGCCAGUAUAUCGAAGGCGAAAAUGAAACUGAAGCUGGAGCUUCUCGUCUACUUCAAGCGUGCCCUCCCGGAUGGUCCUCUCGUACCAUGCCACCCCGGUGAAGAGCUGGAGCUGAUGAAGCGCCACCAUACCGCCAUCAACGAACCCAACGUCGGGCAGGCCACGAUCUAUCUUUCGCGGGGGCUUUCCAAGCGCGAAAAGAAGGCCAAGAAGCAGGAGAGGUUGAAGAGGUUGAAGGUUUCUGGAGCGACAGCGGAGGAUCUUGAGCUCGCUACGCUCGAGAGUGAUACUGACGAGGAGAUGGAGGAUUGGGACUUUUAUGGCGAAGAUCCCCCCGAGAACUUUGUCCCUACUGCACUGAAGGCACCGAUACCCUCCCAGCCCUUUGCCAUUCCCCCCAACGUCGCCCCGAUCCACUUACGCUAUCCUGCUCGCACGCCACCGAAUAGCACUGGCCGUGUUCCACUUCCGAUGGAGGUUCGGUACUCAGGCUAUGUGUAUGUGGACCAAGCGACCAACAUUCUCUGUGCCAACACAACUUACGCGCCGAUUCUUCCACCUUCCGAGGAUUCCACAAUCUACGUCGAUGGCUACUGGGGUCGCAAGGACACUUCGCUGUACCCCCAACGAUUCGACCACCACGCACCUUGGCUCCUCUACAUCCCCAUCUCCCACGAAGUUCUUCGACGACCUCUUCUUCCCGAAAAUCGGCGCAACCUCUGGACUGCAGGCAUGCUUCGUUCGGGGAUGAAAUCGACGCCUCUCAUGUCGCCCCUCGAGAGUAUCCUGGGCCCGCUUCGCGAGAAGCGCAACUCGAUGAAGCAGACGGUUCCGAAAUAUUUUCGUCUG